GUGGUCUUUCUGCUCAUCUCCUCACUUGAAAUGCGCCUCUUUUCCGCAACGCACGUUCGCCUUCUUCGUCUACCCAUAUCUAAUUAAGGUGACCUGACUUGGAAUUCGACAUGGUAGCUGGUAUCGAGAAAGCAUGCCACCGAUGUCUGUCUCACAUUGCCGGUAACGCCUAUUUAAUCUCCGGGCUGCUUGCCUUCCUGGCCUUGCCUCUCACCAUGGCGUUUGUAGGGGUGAAGACGCUACAUGACUGUCCCAUACAGCCCAUGAUCCCACUGUACCUGCUGGUUGGCGGUGUGGUCGGCAGCUUGAAGGUCUCUCUCCUCCUGUAUGAUGCUGCCAAGAUGAGGUCUCUCCUUUCCAAGUCUGUUGUCAUCGGAGAUGACGAUGAUGACGAGUACCCAUGGCGACAGAAUGCGCACAAGUACCAUGUCCAUGUGGUCCUCAGCAUGUUCCUCUUUAUCUGGUUCAUCCUGGGAAAUUACUGGGUGUUCUCCGUCUACGUGCCCAACUUCAUCCCGCCCUUCCACAGGCCGCAGGACUACUGCCGCAAGUCGCUCUACGUCUUCUCCGUGUUUGUGCUGGCGCUCGCCCACUCAGCCCUGGUGCUGCUGCUCUGCUGCACAAUCUGCCUGUACUUAUGCUCCCGUGUCAGCACCCGGGACGACUACGGCGAGGACUGAGCGCCCCACUGGGCAUCUGCAGCUGCUGCUGCCACUGCCUGUAACAUCACUGCCACAGCGGGGUUUUCUAUGUGGCCGCAUUCUGCUCCCUGUUCCAUCGUGAUGCAGUGCUGAUGCGUUAAUGCAACUCUACGGUACCAAUGUAGCAUGCUGCAAAACAGAAAAUCAUCCAAUAUGAUUGACAUAGAAUAUAAUUUCUUCAAAGGGCACUGCCCAGUCAUAAUUAUGCAAAUGCAAUUCAAAGAUGCCCUUUUGACCAUAAAUUCUAAAAAGGGAUUUUAAAUGGCUGUAAACACAAUGGUAUAUUUUCAAACAACCAUCAUAGCCUAGAUAACUGCACUCCACUGCUUAUGAGUCUAGUUCUGGUGAAGUGUUCCUGUAAGGUAGGUAGCGGUGCCCUCUCAUAGACACUGUCGAACCCCUGCCUGCCAGUGUGGGUAGUAUGUGAGUUAUUUCAUCAGGGCAGAUUUUGCUACACAGAGAAGCUUAUUCAGUUAAGAAAUUUCAGACGUUUCUGCUUCUCUGCUCAUUUAUUUUAUCAGUCUGAUCACAUUUCUUUGCAUGGCUCUAAUUGGACUGAUUUCAUGAAGAUUCUGCUUAUGUCGGCUUCGGGGCUGGAGCUUAGUUCCUGUUUCAAGGGGAAAAUCUCACCUCUGCUUUUCCGCCUGCACUUGCUGUUCCUGCAUUUUUGUAGUUUGUCAAUUAACCUCAGUUUCCUAAUACAUAUUCUAGUGUUAUGUAACAAAAAAGCUUUUAACAGAUCAUUUGGUGUGUUUAACGGUUUUAACAGUUAGAGGUAUUUUUAUGGAUUUGGAUGCUGGAGUUACUCUACCUGCAUGAAAACAGUGGUGUUUAGUUGCUGAUGUUCAUGGUUUGUGUUCAGAAUGUGUUUGUAUCUUGAGGUGUUGUUACAUAGCCACACAAUAGCCUUUGAGAACAGAGGAAGAUUUGGAUGUUCAUGUGUCUGUGUCCAUAACUCAGUAAUAUCCAUAGCCUGAUCCAUAAUGAUUUUUAACAUUUAACAUUCUGAAAAAUACACACUUACAUCCAUGCACUUUCCACUGUGCUUUUCCGGGUCAGGGUGGAAGGU